AUGUCUCGCAACAACUCCGUCGGCGCUCUCCAGGGCUUCUCAAUCUGCCAACCAUUCCUUGGCGCCUCCCUGCAGUUCUACCCUGCUUUGGGUACCCAGCAACUUGACGACCUCAUCAAUGCCUAUUUUCCUGGACCCGCCUCCAUCAAAGAGAAGAGGGCCACCGUUUCGAUGGACUUCUUUGAGUACUCCCAACUUACAGGAGAAACCUUUAAGUAUUAUCCCGUCGUGACACAGGCAGUGUCUGCCCGGUCUAGCCCCGUGCAGGAUUCCGGCUACGACUCCAACUUCGUUUCCCCUGUCAUUUCGGACUGGAGCUGGUCCCAUUCGACGCCAAGCACUGUGUCCGUGUCAACUCCUACUUCGGUAGCCCAGGAGACGAAGCCCACAAAGAUCACAAAGAAGAGUGCUUCUGCUGCCGCCAAAUCACAAGCCAGCGACUUCUCUCAUCUCCCAGGAAUGAAGAUCAUGACCAAGGAUGGCCGCGAUGUCACCAAUUCUGCUUCUCGCGGCUGCAAGACGAAGGAGCAACGGGAUCACGCACACCUCAUGCGCAUCAUCAAGGCCUGUGAUGCUUGCAAGAAGAAGAAGGUCCGGUGCGACCCAAGCCACAAGAAGCGUACCGCAGCUGCGCAGGCGCAACCCGCCACCCCAGCUCGGCUAGCGAAGAAAGCCAGAACCUCGACUGUACCAGGUACUAGUACUGUCAAAGACCGACAAUCGCAGCAUAACAUAUCUCCGUCCUUGUUUACUGAGCCGAUCUUACCUGCUCUUGAGGUUGCCGACACAUCUUUCGACUUUUCCGAAUCCUGGGAGUCCUUCGUACAGUAUGACGACGAGGCCGUCAAUGUCACCCCCUUCGACUACGACUUCUUCUUCGACCCCGCGGGCCAUCUCUCUCCACAGUCAAACCGUUCGCCCGCGACGCCCUCCGCCACUUUCGAUCAACUACAAGCCAACCGCGACAUCCUCCAAACUGUCUCUGUCGCCGAUUCGUUCGAGAAUGCCGCACUACGUCCACCGACGCUACCGUACCUGGAUGCUUCAGGACCGGCCAACAACUACGUCGAUUUCAGCUUGUACUCUCCUGAGCCGAGCUUCUUGGACGACGACUCUGCUUUGGUCAACGAAAUUGGUGCCUCCAACUUUGGUCAGGCUUCGUCUUUGCGCCCAAGCUUGACCCAAGAUCGCCGGUCUGUAAGCCUACACGAUGCCGAGACAGGCAACCUGGCCCAAAGAGCUGCGGUCAGCACAGCUGGUUCCGGCGCCUUGACAUUACCGCAACUCCUCGAAACUGCCUAUGUGGAUCAUGGGCAUAUCUUACCAUCAGGUGGAAGAGCACUCCCCUCAUUUUCAGAGAUUGAAAAUGUCUCACUGGUGCGCACUUCUGACUGCCUAACUUCAAUGUUCACGCUGACAGUGGAACAGAACCUUGGCGCCUCCUCCACCAUCCGUCCAGAUGCCUGCCGAAGCCGGUCAGCACAAUCACCGCUGCUGACAUAUGGCAGUCAUGAUGGAGCCCUAUCGCACCAGUCCGCCAGCGACGUUACUACGAGACUGACCUCUGCCCGCGCUGCGCUGGCCAGUAGUUCCAACACGUCACUAGCAAUCGCACAAGGCGGAAGCUUCAACGCGUCUCCGGUUCGAGCAGUGCCAAGCCAAGUACCGCUACCCACCAUUGCUUCUUCAGAUCGCUUCUCGACACUGUUCGAGGAGCAGUCUUAUUACGCGACUACCACGGCGACAAUUUCUGGUGAGAGCGUUGGCGAGACCACGGCCACGCCAGCACGUGGCGCGCCGGUUGCCAGCACAUCGUCGGCGAUUAGUCGUGGCACGUCUGCGCCGCUCAGCUCCCGGUCUUCGCUCACUAAGGUGACUGGAGUGCAAAGCGCGAUUGAGGCCAUGGUCGGCGAUCAUGUAGUAAUCGCAUGUCGCGCUCUUGUCGAUCAGCUGUCCAUGACACAGGCACUAUUGUCUGCAGUACUGAUUGUGGCAGUUUUUGGCAAGAUUGGCACUUCACUGGAAGCCCGAGCACUUGCUGGUGGCCUUGUCCAGAUCCUCUUUGGCCUCGUUAUGUAUGAGGCCUACUACCCUUACUCAAGUCUCCAUGGCUUGAGACCGCAACAGAGCCGUCUCAGUACCACGCCAAAGCCGCAAGGCUUCAGCGACAGCGCGAGGCUACUCUCCUGCGUCAGCACGAGACUACGACACACCCGUCGCCAGAUUGCCGCGGAAAACCCCCGGGCGAGCCCGGCAGUUGAGCCCAGGCUUCUGCGCUUCGCGCAAGUGCUCUAA